GAAAUUCUAAACCAGGAUUGCAACGUCAUCAACUUGAAGAUGUACACCAAUAUGGUUUUGGGGACAAUGAGGCCACUGCUUCUAAAGAGAGCAGUGAUUCUGAUGACAAUAUUGCUAUUAGUCUAGAAAUGCGUAAAAAGAAUAAUUCCAAGCGAAAUUUGCGACGUAUUCACUCUGAGGAAGAACUUCAACAAGACGCUGAGAAUAGCACGGAUGCAUCUGGUGUAGAAAAUAAAAAUUUAGAUGAUAAUCCUGACAACAAUUCUGGAAAAGAGAAUGAUGAAGAAAAUUUCAGUGGACAGUUUUCAAAUUAUGAUGACAAUUCAGACAAGAUGGAUAGCAGUGAUGAUGAAGAUGAUGAGAUACGUGAAUUCGAAGAGCCUCAAAUGAUGUUCAUAUCUUCUGAAGCUGAAUAUGGGGAUAAAGCUGUUCUUGAAUUAACUGUCACCGAAAAGCCAGAAGUUAAACCUCUCUAUAUUUGUCUUACACCUGUAAUUGCUUUAACACCAUCGCUCUUGUUGGGCAGACUUGAAAAAAUAAACCAGAGCAAUUCGUCCUUCUCAAUCGCUGAACAAAUGAACAUUACCGCCAACAUUGUGCAUGGAACAGCAGGAAGUGGCAGGAAUAAAGUCAGCCAUAUGACAAUGCUGAAGGAC